UUUACCCGGAAGCAGAGCGACCGUUCGACGAGUUAGCUUCGGAUUUAGCCUCAGAAAUAAGUCACGUUUUCCACAUGUCAGUUUAGCGGAUUUUAAUCCAGUGGUGAUGCGGUCGUUAACCUUUGUGCACCGGAUCAGUUUGGACUUCACAGGAACUAUGUUUCCUCACGCCAUCUGCCUGGGAGACGCAGACAACGACUCGCUGAAUGAACUAAUUGUUGGAGACACAAGUGGAAAGCUGCUCGUCUACAAGAAUGAUGAAUCCAAGCCUUGGGUCACAAGAACCUGUGUGGGAAUGCUGACCUGCGUCGCAGUCGGAGACGUCUGCAACAAGGGAAAGAAUCUCGUCGUCGCUGUGGGAGCAGAAGGAUGGUUCCACCUCUUCGACGUGACGGCGGCCAGCGCCAGCAAAUCCGACUCCUCCAGCCAGCAUGAGUUCCUGUGUCCUGACGACCAGAGACCCUUCUUCACCCAACACAUCCCGGCCAACACCAAAGUCAUCCUCAUCAGUGACAUCGACGGAGAUGGGCGCUGUGAGCUGGUGGUGGGAUACACAGACCGGGUGGUCCGAGCUUUCCGCUGGGAGGAGCCGUCCGACAGUUCAGAUGGGGGAUCCGGUCAGCUGGUUCUCCUGAAGAAGUGGCUACUGGAGGGACAGGUGGACAGCCUGUCCGUCAACCCGGGUCCCGAGGGUUUGCCGGAGCUCAUGGUGUCCCAGCCGGGCUGCGGUUACGCCAUCCUGCUCUGCACCUGGACCCAGCAGGACUCCACCGAGUCUGAGGACGACGCCCCUGCCACGCCGGGCAGUGACUUGCCGUCCAGAGAUGUAGUUCUCCACCUGACCAGCGGGCGGAUUCACAACAAAAACGUUUCCACUCACCUCAUCGGCAGUAUAAGCAAAGGUUCAAAAGAAGAAUCAUCAAAAUGUGGACUGUUUGCACUUUGUACUUUAGAUGGAACCCUGAAGCUGAUGGACAGCUCAGAGCAGCUCCUGUGGUCAGUUCAGGUCGAUCAUCAGCUCUUCGCUCUGCAGAAACUUGACGUCACUGGAGAUGGCAGAGAGGAGGUGGUGGCCUGCGCCUGGGACGGUCAGACCUACAUUAUCGACCACAACAGGACUGUGGUGCGCUUCCAGUUUGACGAAAACGUCAACGCCUUCUGUGCAGGUCAGUACACAUGCAAAGAGGGCAAAAACAGCCCCUGUCUGGUGUACGUCAGUUUCAACCAGAAAAUCUACAUCUACUGGAAGGUGGAGCUUGAACGGAUGGAGUCCACCAACCUACUGCGAGUGCUUGAGGAGAAGCCCGAGUUUAAAAGCCAGCUGAAGGCUCUGGGAGUUGACAGUGAAGAUCCGGCUGCAGUGAGAGAUCUGGUGGCGAAUGUUCUGUACCAGGACGGACAGACGUAGCGCAGCAACAGAUUUCCACCACUCAGCCUCCUUCUCUGUUUUCUGCUGCGCCGUAUUAAGGCCACAGCGGACAGGGGGAAAAGGAGCGAAUUUCUACCCAAAAACUAAAAAAAAUUAGAUUCAUCUGAAAAAUGUGCAAGUUUUUUUCUAGGAAAUGUGUGCAAUUAAUCUUAACAUUUUUGGAUGAAAAUUUGCUCAUUGUUGUUAUUUUUAUUAUUUCUUUUUUGGAAGAAAGUAUCACAGUAUCAAACGUUGAACAUUUGUUUGAGGAAAAAGUAAAAUUUUGAGAUCAAUCUCAGAAUUUUUUCAGGAGAAAUCUUGGGACUUUUUAAGUUUCAAAAGACAAAGUCUUGAAAAUUUCCACCAGAUUUUUCAAACUCAAAAAUUUUCUUGAUCUUUCUAGAAAAUGUAUUGGAUUAUUCUCAAUAUUUGAGUUUUUUCUAUAAAUUUGUAAACUUUUUGAACCCAAAAAUUUCCUCGAUCUUUUCAGAAUUUUCUCAGAUAAAUCUUAGAAUUAAAAAAAGAUUCCAGUUUGUUUUAAACUCUUCAAACUCUAUUUUAUGUUUUUUUUUCCUGAAAAUUUCCGAGAUUAAUCUAAAAAAAUUCCUUUAGCAAAUUUUCAAGUUUUGAAAAUGUCUUCUUUCUUUAUUGAAAUUGUCUCAGAUGAAUCUCAAAAUGUCAAUUUUUUGCAGCUAGUUUUCAACUUUUCAGACUUUGUUUUUUUUUCUUAAAUAUUGCUGAGAUUUAAACAUUUCUGAGUUUGGCAGAGAUUUACUCCUCAUUUUUUUCUAUGUACAUCGAUAUGCACGUGUCGUAUGCUGCGUUCUCUUCCUAAUGUAAAUACUGUAAUAAAGAGCGUUCCCCAGCGGC